UAAUUGAAUGUUUGCCUUUUAGAUGAAUAACAUAGUAGUUUCCACAAGAGAUCAAAAACAGAUUGUGAUCCAUCAGAAUUCCAUUAAAAAUUUGUGUACCAGGAAAUUAAUGUCAGCGGUUUAUGGUGCUCCAGUAGAAUUGAAAGAAGUCGAUUCGUCGGAAUUAAAUUUAAUUUUAAAGUGGUGCGCUGAAAAUGAUCAGGAAACCAGAAAAUUGGUUGAUGAUGAUGAAGAUUGUUGGCCAAAAGAAAUAAAACUUACUGAUAUUGAUAAAAAUCACUUUGGGGACAUAGAAAUUAACCAACUUUUCAAAGUAAUAAAAGCUGCUGAUUAUUUAGAAAUACCAACUCUAGUUGAGGUUACUACUCAAAUAAUGGCGGAUAGAAUGUCAGGAAAAGAUCCGGAAGAAUUGCGUGUUAUGUUGGAUGUGACUAAUGAUUUGUCGCCAGAUGUCGAAGAUCGAUUACGCGAAGAAUAUGAUUCCAUCACCACGGAAUUGUGAAUGCCUUAUAUUUUAUUCUUAUUAUUAAUACAAUAAUAUU